ACGAGGCAUUCCAAGGGUACUAUUCAUCGAUAUUAACCAUUGAAUAUUAACGCGUUCCAAACGAGGCUUAGAGAAAUAUUUUGGCAGUCUCGUUAUCAAGUUUUUGUCAAACUGUGGUCACCUCGCGGUAUAUUCAAAUUUUUCCGAUGAAAUUUAGGCGGAAGAAUUUUGGAAUAAACGAAAUUUUAGCAAAAUUUCUAAGAAAAUAUGGAAUGAUCGAAAAAGAAAUGUGGCAGCUUUAUUGUAUGAAACAUUCGAAAUGAAAGACUUCAAAUGACAUCGAAAACGACUUCAAAACUCGCACGCGCUAAUGAAUCUACGACGCUUGUGCAUGACACAAAUACACAACUAGACACACCAAAUUUAAAUGAUAAAAUUACAGAACAACAACAUUCAGAUUUAUAUGAAUCUAACAGCGCUGAAGAGUCUAUAUGUGAAACAACCAUUGCACCUGCAGAAGACAUUAAUUUUUUGGACAAAUUAAUGAAGAAUAUACAGAAAGAGAAUAUAAGUAACGAUACUUUAGAACAUUCAACUGGCUUUGAAACAAUCGAGGAAAAAAUUGUUUCUGCUGGAAAUUCUGAUGGGUUUCAGAUCUUACUUAAGAAAAAUGUUGGUGAACUUCCUACUUGGGCAGCUUGUUUAAAGGAGUGUGAAAAAUUAGGGGACAGUUACCGUGGAUAUGUUCACACUGAGUCCGAGCUAGACUUCAUAUUGAACAUGCAUAAAGAACAAACCCAUAGCUCAUGGGGUACAAGACAGAGUCCAUCAUCACAAAAACCAUCUAUACGAUUCAUGUGGAAAUCCCAAUAUGUACCAUAUGAUGGUAUUCCAUUUCUUAACAGUGGGUGUCGAGCUACAGUUAUGGAAUGUCAAUAUGGUCCAAGAAGAAAGGGUAAUAAACUAAAAACACAGUACAAUGAAAAUGGUGAUCAUUUACAACCAUUGCAUCGACUGACUUGUCCAGCUAGAAUAUAUAUUAAGAGAGUAAGAAAAUUUCCUGAGUUCAAGGUAAACAUUAGUUCGGACGGCUCAAAUGGACUUAGGUUGGCCCAGGAACGUACCUUAACUGCACUCCGAAUGGCUUGCCUUGAAAGUAAAGGAGAAGAAAGGUUUUAUGUUCAGUUGCCCUUGGAAACAGCUCACGAAUACCACAUUGAUGAGGAUGAUGUUUUAAUUCAAGAAACAUGUCCCUUAUUACCAGCCCAAAUCAACUUGACCUCAACAAGACUGGAUCCUCGCAUUGUGGAGAAAAUUAAUGAAUUUGUCUCAAGAGGAAUGACUGACAUUUACCAAGUGAAACAUGGACUCAUUAGAUUUGUUGAAAAUACUUUAUUCCUGCAUGGGGAAGUGCCCGCUAGACACAAUAAAUCAUUUUUCCCAACAAUUACAGACCUUCAAAAUAGCAUCCAUCAAGCUCUGACAAUGUUACAGGCAGGAACUUUACAACAACUUCCACCACUUGAAAACUUCUCAAGAGACUUAUUAAAAAAUGAGAGAAGUAGAAAACGAAAGCAUGCAGAUCCAAAAAGAAUCAUAUCUUCAAGAGCUACAACUGCCAAAAUGAUACAAACUAAUGAAUCUUUACAGAUAGAAAAAGAACUUAUUCCUGGUGAUGCUGAAGGCCAAGUUUAUGUGGUGGCAGUUUCAUCAUCAAGUGCCUUGGACCUUACUAACUCAUCAUCAUUCAUUCCCAAUAACCUUGUCCAGGUUCUUACUCUUCCAGCUGAUGCUACAUUGGACAUGAAUGGCCAGCUUGUUGCAUUACCUGUGAUGAAUUGCACCUCUCAAGAUACAACAUUGGACAAUUCUGAUGACAUUUUGCCAAAUUCAUUUGGAAAAGAACCCAUGUCUUUGUUACCCAUCAAUAUGGAUGACAAUGCGACAAAGUACUUGACAUUGGAUAUUACAUCAGCAAACCAAAUGACCAAUUCAGUCACCUCCAACAUGGCUACUUUACCAUGCAGUGAUGUCAUGACAACAACUGUGACACCAAUCAAAGACACAUCAACCUUGGCACAUGGUACAAUCUUUUGCUUUUCACAUCAUCAAACUUCAUCAAUUGAAAAUGUUGGUAACUCCCUACAAACUGUCAAGUGUAAUUCAGUUACAAGCAUUGACUGUUCAACACAGACAUCAAAUACAACAUCAUCAACUUCAGAAUUGACAUCAAUAUCGUCUUUGUGAGAUUUUGCCACUCUAGUGGCGAAAGAACCAUAUAAAAGUAGUGAUAAUUUAGUUAUCAAACAUGUAAUAUCCACUAACACACAAGACUUACCAAAAAUGGAAUUGCUAUAAAAAUAUAAUUUUAACAGAUGCA